AGGAAAACAGCCGAGGCCUGGUCAGGAGAGCUCACAACGUCCACCGAGGGUGCUUUCCAGCCUGGGGAAAUUCGUACUAGCAGUAGCACGAGCCAGCUUCUUCUAGGCUGGCUCUGAUGUUAGAAACAAGCACGCAGAUGUGUAUUGGUUUUCAGGCCUGGACGUCGUCUCUGAGGAAUUUAACUCCACCUCUCCUGUCAGAAUGGAAAGUCAACGCCCCCAUUCCCGCCCUUCUCCAAUCCUUCUCUGUCUGCCCAUUUCCCUUGGGUUCUUUUCUGUUACAGAAGUUCUGAUUUUUCCUAGAGAGCUAGAGGAAAGGCAGUACCCAGAGUGGAGUUAUAUUAUCUGUUUCUUUGUUCUGACGGAACCCCAGAGAGGAAAUCACGCUUUGUAACUGGUUCUUCACGAGAAGCAAAUGUGUCCCUGAAAACUUUAGCGGCAGCAUUUGGCACCAGUGAUUUGCCUUCAAGGAAAUUGGAGAGUCUGAAAAUUGGGAACACAUAUCAACAUGGCAAACCUACUGAAAACAGUGAUGACUGGCUGCUCGUGUCCUUUACUUAGCAAUUUGGGGUCCUGUAAGGGUCUACGUGGGAAGAAGAAUUUUUUACGGACAUUUCAUACUCACCAAGCCCUGUGGUGUAAAGCCCCUAUAAAACAAGGAAUUCCAUAUAAGCAACUGACUGUUGGAGUCCCCAAGGAGAUAUUCCAAAAUGAGAAGCGAGUGGCAUUGUCUCCUGCUGGUGUUCAGAGCUUGGUCAAGCAGGGCUUUAAUGUUGUUGUGGAGUCGGGUGCGGGCGAAGCCUCCAAGUUCUCAGAUGAUCACUAUAGAGCAGCAGGUGCCCAAAUCCAAGGGGCGAAGGAGGCACUGGCUUCUGAUUUGGUGGUCAAAGUGCGAGCUCCUAUAGUUAAUCCGACAUUAGGUGUUCAUGAAGUCGACCUUUUAAAGACAUCAGGAACACUGAUUAGUUUUAUUUACCCAGCCCAAAAUCCAGACUUGCUAAAUAAACUUUCCAAAAGAAAAACUACAGUUCUGGCAAUGGACCAGGUUCCAAGAGUCACAAUUGCUCAGGGAUAUGAUGCGCUAAGCUCCAUGGCCAACAUUGCUGGUUAUAAGGCUGUUGUCCUAGCAGCAAAUCAUUUUGGACGUUUUUUUACUGGUCAGAUCACAGCUGCUGGAAAAGUUCCUCCAGCUAAGAUUCUGAUAGUUGGUGGUGGUGUUGCUGGGCUUGCUUCUGCAGGUGCAGCAAAAUCGAUGGGUGCAAUUGUUAGAGGAUUUGACACAAGAGCUGCAGCUUUGGAACAGUUCAAGUCUCUGGGUGCUGAGCCCUUGGAGGUGGACUUGAAGGAAUCUGGUGAGGGACAAGGAGGAUAUGCAAAAGAGAUGUCCAAAGAGUUCAUUGAAGCUGAAAUGAAACUCUUUGCUCAACAAUGCAAGGAGGUAGACAUCCUUAUCAGCACAGCACUUAUUCCAGGUAAAAAAGCUCCAGUUUUAUUUAAUAAAGAAAUGAUUGAGUCAAUGAAGGAAGGUUCAGUUGUUGUGGAUUUAGCUGCUGAGGCUGGUGGAAACUUUGAAACCACAAGGCCAGGAGAACUUUAUAUUCAUAAGGGAAUUACUCACAUAGGCUACACAGACCUGCCCAGCCGAAUGGCCACUCAGGCUAGCACCCUAUAUUCCAACAACAUCACCAAACUCCUGAAGGCCAUCAGCCCAGACAAAGAUAAUUUUUAUUUUGAUGUGAAAGAUGACUUUGACUUUGGUACGAUGGGUCAUGUCAUCAGAGGGACUGUAGUGAUGAAGGAUGGUAAAGUGAUUUUCCCAGCUCCGACACCGAAAAAUAUUCCUCAGGGUACCCCAGUAAAACAGAAGACAGUGGCUGAGCUGGAAGCUGAAAAAGCAGCUACCAUUACACCCUUCAGGAAGACAAUGACGUCGGCUUCUGCGUAUACAGCAGGUCUCACGGGGAUACUGGGUUUGGGCAUUGCGGCUCCCAAUCUAGCCUUUUCUCAGAUGGUGACCACUUUUGGCUUGGCUGGCAUUGUGGGCUAUCAUACCGUCUGGGGAGUGACCCCUGCUCUCCACUCGCCACUGAUGUCUGUGACGAAUGCAAUCUCAGGGCUGACUGCAGUUGGUGGUUUGGCGCUGAUGGGAGGACAUUUGUAUCCUUCCACAACUUCUCAGGGCCUUGCUGCUCUUGCCACAUUCAUAUCCUCUGUCAACAUUGCAGGUGGCUUUCUGGUGACUCAGAGAAUGCUGGACAUGUUCAAGCGUCCCACUGACCCCCCAGAAUACAACUACCUGUAUCUUCUCCCUGCUGGCACCUUUGUUGGUGGAUAUUUAGCUGCCCUCUACAGUGGUUAUGACAUUGAACAGAUCAUGUACCUAGGCUCGGGUUUGUGCUGUGUUGGCGCCUUGGCUGGGCUUUCCACCCAGGGAACAGCUCGUCUUGGAAAUGCAUUGGGUAUGAUUGGGGUUGCUGGAGGACUGGCAGCCACCCUUGGAGUCCUAAAACCGGCCCCAGAAUUACUAGCUCAGAUGUCUGGAGCGAUGGCUUUGGGUGGUACCAUUGGAUUGACAAUUGCCAAACGCAUCCAGAUUUCUGAUUUACCUCAAUUAGUUGCUGCUUUUCACAGUUUAGUGGGUUUGGCAGCUGUACUUACUUGCAUAGCUGAGUACAUUAUAGAAUAUCCACAUUUUGCUACGGAUGCAGCAGCAAAUCUCACCAAGAUUGUGGCUUACCUCGGCACUUACAUUGGUGGUGUCACCUUUAGUGGGUCUCUCAUUGCCUAUGGAAAAUUGCAGGGUCUCCUGAAAUCUGCCCCUCUCCUACUCCCUGGAAGGCACGGACUCAAUGCAGGCUUGCUGGCUGCUAGUGUGGGUGGGAUAAUCCCAUUCAUGUUGGACCCAAGCUUUACCACUGGCAUCAUGUGUCUGGGUUCUGUGUCUGCUCUCUCUGCUAUCAUGGGUGUGACUUUGACAGCUGCUAUUGGGGGUGCCGACAUGCCUGUCGUCAUCACUGUGCUGAACAGCUACUCAGGCUGGGCCCUGUGUGCAGAAGGCUUCCUGCUCAAUAACAAUCUGCUGACCAUCGUGGGUGCACUCAUAGGCUCAUCUGGUGCUAUCCUGUCAUACAUCAUGUGUGUGGCAAUGAAUCGCUCCCUGGCUAAUGUGAUUCUUGGAGGCUAUGGUACCACUUCAACAGCUGGUGGAAAACCCAUGGAAAUUUCUGGCACACAUACGGAAAUCAACCUUGACAAUGCAAUUGACAUGAUUCGAGAAGCUAAUAGCAUUAUUAUUACACCAGGAUAUGGUCUCUGUGCAGCCAAAGCUCAAUACCCUAUUGCUGAUUUGGUAAAGAUGCUCACUGAGCAAGGCAAAAAAGUCAGGUUUGGAAUUCACCCAGUUGCAGGCCGAAUGCCUGGUCAGCUUAAUGUGCUGCUGGCUGAGGCUGGGGUGCCAUAUGAUAUUGUGUUGGAAAUGGAUGAGAUCAACCAUGAUUUCCCAGAUACUGAUUUGGUCCUUGUAAUUGGAGCUAAUGACACUGUUAAUUCAGCAGCUCAAGAAGAUCCCAACUCUAUUAUUGCAGGCAUGCCAGUCCUUGAGGUCUGGAAAUCAAAGCAGGUGAUUGUUAUGAAGAGGUCUUUGGGUGUUGGCUAUGCUGCAGUGGACAAUCCAAUCUUCUACAAACCUAACACGGCCAUGCUUCUAGGUGAUGCCAAGAAAACAUGUGACGCACUCCAGGCGAAAGUUAGAGAAUCCUAUCAGAAGUAAAUAUUAAAGAUCAAGCUGUUGGCUAAUAAAGCCACCUCUGCAGUUGUGGGAACAGUCAAAUAAAGUAUCAGUAUACAUGUACAUCUAUAACAAGCUCUUGGAAGAAAAGACUGAAGGAAGCAAAGCAAAUACUGUAUAGAGAGAUUUUUCAAGAUCAGUAAUCCCUCAGUUUUAAAAAAGGAUUAAAAAUUCUGAAUGUCUUUCUGUGCAUAUUUUUUAGUGUUAGGAAUCAAAAGUAUUUUGUAAAAGAAGAACAGCCUCAUUUCAAAUAUAAUUCUGUUGGAUUUUUUAUGCCUCCUCAGUAACCAGAAAUGUUUUAAGAAACUAAGUGUUUAGGAUUUCAGGGCUUACAUUAUACAUGGAUCUGAAAUAUCUGGUACAAUGUAAACAUUGCAGGCAACUGCAUUUUGUGUGUUUUUUUUUUUCCAACAAAUGUGACUAAUUUGAAACUUGUAUGAACUUCUGAGCUCUCCCCUCGCUAUUUAACCAUAGUCUGAAUUAACCAUAUCAAAUUGGUUUUAAUUUUUUAAACUGUACUUCAGAGUCUAUAUUUCAAGGGCGUAUUUUCUCACUACUAUUUUAAUACAUUAAAGGACUAAAUAAUCUUUCAGAGAUGCUGGAAACAAAUCAUUUGCUUUAUAUGUUUCAUUAGAACACCAAUGGAACAUACAACUUGAAAAUUAAUGUUAGUUAUAUUUUUGAAAAUUCCAUUUCUAAUUGGAGAUCUCUUCAAUUUCAAUCAACGUAUAAUGUGUAGUACUGUAUUAAGUGCACUUGAGUGGAAUUGAACAUUUGACUAAUAAAAUGAGUUCAUCAUGUUGGCAAGUGAUGUAGCAAUGAUCUCUGGUGACAAAAGUAAAAUCAAGUAUUUCUGCCUGCUAUAAAUAUCAGUGGAAGACCUGAUACUAUGAAAUAGAUGAAAUUAAUCUGUCUUCACUGUUUACAAUAAGAAUGGAUUUUGUUUUCAAAUCAGUGUGUGUUUUGAGGUCUUAUGUAAUUGAUGACAUUUGAGAGAAACGGUGGCUUUUUUUUAGCUACCUCUUUGUUUAUCUAAGCACCAGUAAAGAUCAUGUCUUUUUAUAGAA